CGUCGUUAUUCUUCUGAAGUUUAAAAAAUGUUCACAUCACAGUUUGAGAAAAAAAUGAAUGACAAUUAAGAUUCCUUGCAUUGUGAGUACAAAUUUCAUUAUUGCAAUACAUCAAGAUGUUUGACUUUUGAAUUCAAUAUUGUUUCUUAUUACUGUAAUAGAUAUUUUUUUUACUGUUAUACAAAGAAUUUGCAACGAUUUCUUUUUCAUAUGAUGGGACGAAAUAUGAGCUCAUUCUUGACAGCUUAUUGUGAGAUUAACCCUCUGAGCUAAGUGCAGAGAUUGACAGUAGAGGGUAAAACAUAACAGCAAGACGACGAUAGUAAGAGCACGUGGAAUAUGACGGAUACAAAGUACACAUAAAGUGUGAAAAAGAUGGAUGGUGUCUAUGAACUGCUCCUAUGAGGAACCCAAAAGCAGUAGAUCACAAGUAACACAUGGAGAAAGGGUUGCCCACUGUGGACUCGAGAGAUUCUCACCUGCACGCGCCAGACUCCUUCACUCACCUGAGAACAGACACGCGCUCACAGGGAUGGCUCAGGGAAGAGCAGAAUUUUUCCCUGUUGCCAAGGGUAACCAGUGAGUCUGUAAGGCAAUACCUUCAAUUCAGACCUGACCAAUCAGUGAUCAUCUUACAUGCCAAAGUUGCUCAGAAGUCUUAUGGCAAUGAGAAACGGUUUUUCUGCCCCCCUCCUUGUGUGUACCUUGGUGGGCAGGGAUGGAAAGUCAGACAAGAGCAGCUUAAAGCAUCAGGUCUCGGUGAGUCCAGCUGUCGUCUGUCCGGGUACAUGGGUCUGGACAGCUCCACCGAUCCUCAGACAGACAGCUUUAAGCUCAGCUUUGAAGAGCAGACGGACAAGAGGAUGUUUGCCUGUGCUAAAACCCUGUACAUCUCAGAUACGGACAAACGAAAGCACUUUCGUCUGAUACUCCACCUGUUUCACAACGGAGGACAAGAAAUUGGCACUUUUCACAGCAGACUCAUUAAAAUCAUUUCCAAACCAUCACAGAAAAGGCAGUCCAUGAAAAACGCUGACUUAUGUGUUUCAUCGGGCUCAAAAGUGUCGUUGUUUAAUCGUUUACGAUCACAGACAGUCAGCACGCGAUACCUGGCAGUGGAAGACGGGACUUUUGUCGCCAGUGCAAGACAAUGGACAGCUUUCACCAUCACUCUGGUGGAUGGGCUGCAGUACGAUCGGACUGAAUAUGCCGGCUGUGACAGCUACAUCUGUUAUGGCAGUGUGGUUCAGCUGGUGUGCACUAACUCGGGUGUUGCACUGCCACCGAUGAUAAUACGCAAGGUGAACAAGCAGCACGCAUGUCUAGAUGUGGAUGAACACGUGUCACAGCUUCAUAAAUGUGCUUUUCAGUUCAGAGACAGCAGCCACAUGUACCUCUGCCUGUCUAAUGAAAAAAUAAUACAGUUCCAGGCCUCUCCAUGCCCUAAGGAGGCAAAUAAGGUGCUAUUGAAUGAUGGCUCAUGUUGGACCAUCAUUGGAACAGAAGUUGUUGAAUAUACCUUCAGUGAGAGUCUGACCAAUCACCUGACCGUCAUCAGCCCGGUACCCAUCAUCAACGGACUGGAGUUAAAUGGUGGAGGACAUGUGGCCAUGUUGGAGCUUCAUGGUGAAAACUUCAGUCCUCAUUUAAAGGUCUGGUUUGGAAACAUGGAGGCUGAAACCAUGUUCAGGUCAUCGAGGUCUCUUCUCUGUGUCGUUCCUGACGUGUCUAUAUUGAGUGGUGAAUGGAGAUGGAUGAGACAGCCGAUCACUGUGCCCCUGUCUCUGAUCCGGUCGGACGGUCUGAUCUACUGGAGCUCUUUCUCAUUCACUUACACACCAGAACACUGCCCGCCUUCUUCUCAAACCACCGGUACGGCAGAAAGGACCACAGAUUCGGACUCCCUCAUAGACACUAUACACCAGGAAUUCACACGGAUGAACUUUCACCUAUUUAUGCAGAGUUGAGCGCAUUAUAGGUGCAGUCCUUUGUUAGCACUUAGUAAAAAAACGCUUAAGAGUAUAAGAGCACUUAAAAAUGCAUGAGAUCGGCAAUAUUGUAUGAUAUAUGACUCGUGCAUGCCUAUAGCCUGAAUUAAAUUGUGUAACUUUUAGAAGAAGAUCUCUUGACAGAAAUGCAAUAUAAUAUACAUAACUAUAUCAUCAGUGGUGUAUAAAGACCUUACAUAAUGAACUGUAUUGUUUUUAUUACCUUACAAUGAGCUGUUUUUAUUUAUAUACAGCACGGGUCCCCUUAGAGGAAAGUGACUAUUUCGCGCCACCAUGUUUCUACAGUAGCCCUAAACGGACAAAAUGAUCUACAGAAGCGGCUACCGUAGCUUCUCUAUGCGUUUCGAAAGGGAGGGGUGAGCUGUGGACUUAGCGGUUGGUUGCAAUUCACAAUCUCACCGCUAGAUGCCACUAAAAAUCUAAACUGUGGUGUCACCGUUAUUACAGAUUCACUGUUACAUACGUUGUUUUCACAGAGACUACAAGGCAUCGUUCUUAAAAACAGGCACUUUUAAUUUUUUCAAGAUCUCAAAAUGUUGUCAUUGUGUAAACCAACAGCCAAAAAAGCAUACGACUUUCCCCAUUUUGGCUGAAAAUGUUGUCGUGUAAACGCCCCCUAAGUUUUUGCUUUUGGUUUGCUUUUUAAAUAACACAGUCUCACCCC